AUGUCAGGUGUUGUGCCCACAGCUCCUGAACAACAAGCCCGUGAAAUGAAAACAGAGUCGCAAGAGCCAAAGUCUGAUGCUCCUCCAGACUACACUCCCCAGGUUGUUCCAGAGCCCCCUGGACCAGUUGGAAACUAUCCACCUGCAAACUACCCAGGAGGCUUGCCUAUGGCUUACUACAGUCCACAACAACCCAAUGUCUUCCCUAUGUACCAGCCAACUGGUCAUACCCAAGCAAUUCAGUAUCAGCCUGGCAAACAACCUAUGCAGUAUCCUAUGCAGUAUCAGCCUGCUCUAAUAAACUGGAUGCCAGUGCCAGCACCUAUGCUGAACUGCCCACCUGGUCUGGAAUGUUUAGCUCAGCUGGACAAUAUACAUGUUCAUCAGCAUCUGGAGCCUUUGCAAAUGGUUACAGGCUUCGAAACUAAUAAUAGAUAUGAUGUUAAAAACAAAUGGGACCAGAUGGUUUACCUUGUGAACGAAGAUACAGAUGACUUCACCAGGAAUGCUUACCGGUCACUGAGGCCCUUCGUCCUCCGGGUCGUUGACAGCAUGGGCCGAGAAAUAAUGAGAAUGCAGAGACCUUUCAAAUGUAGCUGCUGUUGCUUCUGUUGUCCCUCAGCCAGGCAAGAGCUGGAGGUACAGUGCCCUCCUGGAGUACCCAUUGGCUAUGUUGCAGAACACUGGAACUUGUGCAGGGCAGUUUACAGCAUUCAAAAUGAGAAGAAAGAGAGCGUGAUGAGUGUGUAUGGGCCGUGCUCAACCUAUGGCUGUGGCUCAGAUUCUGUUUUUGAGAUUAAUUCCCUCGAUGGUACCCAUAACAUUGGUAAUAUUAUCAGGAAGUGGAAUGGUUUGCUAUCAGCAAUGGGACAAGCUGACCACUUUGACAUUCAAUUUCCAUUAGACCUGGACGUAAAGAUGAAAGCCAUGAUCUUUGGAGCGUGCUUCCUCAUUGACUUCAUGUAUUUUGAAAGUUCACCACCACAAAAUACACACCAUUAG